CUUUUUUUUUGUUUCCUUUUUUGGAUUAAUUUAUGUUGUAAUUCUCUGCAUAUACAUACAUACUUUUAAUUAAUUAAAACAUCUUUUUAAUUUGAUUAGGUCUUGGAGAAUGAGUUCAAGAAUGAAUUAUUGGUUUAAGAAGGCACUCUCGAGGUCAGAUGCUACCAAAACCAUCCUCGAGGUACCGCGUGACGCAGCUAAUUUACCCCAGAAAAACAAAGAAGUGAUGCUUGUACAGGAUCAAACUGGAGAGCGAUGGAAGUUUACGGUGGCUAUAAAGAAGGAUAAGCGAAAGAGGUUGCAAGGCCAGUGGGGUAGAUUUACCAAGGCUCAUGGUCUCAUGGAAGGUGUUGUUGUUACUUUUUAUUUCAAUCCCACUCGAAAUUUAUAUUCCGUGGAAUUCGAACGCCAACUGCUCAGUGGUUGGAGAAUUACUUCAAGUGAGGGAAGCUAUGAGAAGAAGCUCUCCCAAGAAGAUUUUACCGGCACGUUGGAUAUACCGCUGACGGCAACUUAUUCACUUGAUGAGAACAACCAGCCCAUCAUGGUUGUGUGGGAUCAAACUGAUAAGCAUUGGGAGUUUCAGACAACAAUAGGUGGCGGUGAUGGUAGUAAAAGGAUGUUGGAACGCGAAAAAUGGCUUGAAUUUGUAAAUCACAAUCAACUGGAGGUAGGAGAAACACUGAAGCUCCGUUACUUUCCCACUCGCAGUUCAUAUUCUGCCGAAUGUGAAGGCCCUAAUCGCAUCCCGACACUUCAGCUCUAUCACUAAGAUAAGGACUAAAUGAGGGACCCGCAACAACAAGUUUAUUUCUCGUUUCAGUUAAAGUCUGAAUAAGUUUCAUCUAAGGAUCUAUGUGAGCUGUUGUCGCUGAGUCCCGUAACCUGUUAUUCUAUGUAUAUCAGUGGACGUGCUUGCAAUAUGUUUCAUUUUGUUUGUAUUAUCGUUUCAUGUGUGUUUGGCCUUU